AACACAGCGACAGCAUGCUACACCAGAGGAGCUUCAGAGAGGCUGCCGGCCGGCGCACCUCAGGACAAUCAUCAUCACACACUGAUUAUUAGCGUGAGCUGCGAGGGGCAGUGUGGUUGUUAUGGCCGUCCCUCAGUGUGCAGUAUGGGAGGCGUCCUGAGGGCUGCUCCGUCCCUGAUAGACACAAUAUCACAUGCUGGCUCAGCCCAGAGGACACUUCUUAACAUGCCAUGGGAUUAAGCUACAAAAUGAACACCUGCAGCCAGGAAACUUUGUGACUUCAGCAGCAUUCGAAGGUGGGUCAUCCCCUCUGUUAGCAACGGUGGACUACAAAUCCCUCAUUCCUCACAUACCAUGUUCCUGUGGGCAGGAAGUAAAGCAACAGAAGGGAGAGGCGACCGCAGAUCCAUCUACCAGAAGAUUCGAGAAUAUGAGGUCCUGGACCGGAGGAAGACAGUGACAGCUCUGAGGGCAGGCGAGGACAGAGCCAUACUGCUGGGCCUCAGCAUGGUCUUCCUCUCUGUCAUGAUGUACUUUGUCCUUGGAAUCACCAUACUGCGCUCUUACUCUGACAGCAUAUGGACGGACGAGGCCAGCUGCACUAUCGUGAACGCCACCAUCGUGUGGGAUGUGAACUGCUCAUACAGCUGCGGGGCAGAGUGCUGGAAAAGCUCCCGUUACCCCUGUCUCCAGGUCUACGUCAGCCUCAACUCCUCGGGGAAGGUGAUCCGACUGUUGCACAAUGAGGAAACGGAGGACAGCAAUCCUGAGUGCUUCUACAUCCCAAAGUGCCGUAAGGACUACGCAGCCACACAUGCAAUAGUUCAGAACAUAUCUGAGCGUCUCAGGGCUCAGCACACAGUUCAGUGUUACGUGGACCCAAAAGACAGAAUGGACAGUGCCAUCCUGACACAGAUCUAUGGCCAGGUCGCCGUCUUCCACUCCCUUUUCUGGCCAACCUGCACCUUGAUUGGAGGAACCAUCAUCAUUGCCAUGGUGAAGCUGACCCAGUACCUGUCCAUCAUGAGCGAGCGACUCAACCGCAUCAAGAGGUGAAGGGUUGGAAGGGUAGAGGUUCAAAGGGAAGUUCCCUUGAAAUGGACACGGGGACAGCUGAAGCGCCUUCAUGGCGCUAAGCCUGCAAGGCAAAGACGAGGGACAUGUAGCUGUCUGUGACAGCUGGAAUGCUGGGAUUCCAGGACACGUCUCAGUGACAAUGCAAAAGCAGCUACAAAGACAAGCAUCCUGAUAAACUGCUGCUGGUUUCCAGCUCAGCACGUGUUAGGCCUGCUGGUGGGUGAAGCUCAGCAACAAUCUUUGAAUCCAUCAUUUUCUUUAUUUUUGUUGGCCCGUCAGCAUUUACAAAUGCUUUAUAAUUUGCAUCAAUGUAAAAUUAUGUUUUAGAGCACAUUUUCUGCUUUCUAUACAUUUGCAAAGCUAGUUGUUAAAGGAAUUGUUCAACACUUUAGGAAAUACAAUCAUCUCCUUUCUUAGAGUUAGAUACGAAGAUCAACACCACUCUUAUAAGUGACAGUUGUAUCAAUCUUCUCUUGUAACUCAUGACAAGAAAGCAAAUAAGUGUAUUUCUUAAAUGUCAAAUUAUUCCUUUUUUUUUUAAACUUCUGCUUGGUACCAAAGAGUGCAUUUGGGGCUAUCUGACACCCUAUAUAACAAAGGCUGCUGAUGCUUUACUGUACCAGUGUCUAAGGGUGAGAGACCUGGCUGUUUGGAUCCUAAGUGGGGACGGAUUACAAACCAAAGACCACUGCCCUGAUAAAACUGACUCAUCACAUGUGGCUGAGUUUGGCAGGAUUCCCAGCUGUGAAAAGGUUGAGUUCUGAAAGGCCAGUGCAUGAAAGUGCAUAAAGCGGAUAGAAUAAAAAAGACACCACGGUAUGCUUACUUACCACACUCAGUUAUUCCUUUCAUUUCCCCUCAUCACGCUGAAGCUGAAGACCAGAGGACUGUUUGUGGCGGCCUUUCAGAUAAUGUGCUGAGCAGAUGGUGCAUCAUGCAGGGCAAUUAAGGAAAGAGCCUCACAAAAGCAAAACCAGUAAAACUCAUUUUCUACUACUGGGCUUAAUCAGGCUGAGCAGUGCUUACUCACAGCCUCACACAUAACACCGACACUGCCUCCGAUCGAUUUUAAAUUUUCUGUUCAAUACUGUUUUGUUACAUGAAUGAUUGAUUGAUACUAUCAAAUAAACACAA